UUAACGCCCCUUUCGUAACCACGUCGGCCUACUAAGACCGGGCUGACUGGUCUCUAAGGAGGGACGCCCGGGGAGCCCGUGCGUCACUGCUCUGCGCCGGAUGACUAUUUUCGUGUUCUCUUCCUUCAAUAUCUAUCUACCUCUUCCCCGCAUCCAUAGGAUCCCGGGAUAUGAGCCGGAAGAGGCAUCGCUUGGUCCCGGAGGCCUUCGGACAGAAGCGGUGGCGGGAAGGAGGGGAUGUAGAGGCAGAUCCUUUGCGGGGAGAGUCAGGGUCUGCGCGCGCGGCAGUUGCGGAGCUAGUGCAGCUGUUCCCGCGAGUCCUGUUUGAGGAUGCGCUACCGCCCAUCGCGCUGAGGAGCCAGGUGUACAGCCUAGUGCCCGACCGGACGGUGGCUGACCGGCAGCUGAAGGCGCUUCAAGAGCAGGGGGAGAUCAGAAUCAUCCAACUAGGCUUCGACUUGGACGCCCAAGGAAUCAUCUUCACUGAGGACUAUAGGACCAGAGUCCUCAAGGCUUGUGAUGGCCGCCCAUACGCUGGCGCAGUGCAGAAGUUUCUGGCUUCAGUACUUCCAGCCUGUAGUGACCUUAGCUUCCAGCAGGACCAAAUGACACAGACCUUUGGCUUCAGGGACCCAGAAAUCACGCAGCUGGUGAAUGCCGGGGUCCUCACUGUCCGAGAUGCUGGAAGUUGGUGGCUAGCCGUGCCUGGAGCUGGGAGAUUCAUCAAAUAUUUUGUUAAAGGGCGCCAGGCUGUACUCGGCAUGGUCCGGAAGGCCAAGUACCGGGAGCUACUCCUUUCAGAGCUCCUGGGCCGGCGGGCACCUGCCGCGGCGCGACUCGGCCUCGCUUACCAUGUGCAUGACCUCAUUGGGGCCCAGCUGGUGGACUGUGUCUCCACCACUUCUGGAACCCUCCUCCGCCUGCCAGAGACAUGAGGAUUCUGCUCGUCGUUGCAUAGCUCCCCAGAGUGGGGAGCAAGGGCCCAGGAGUGCUGGCCGCCCUGGCUGAGACAGGGUCACCUUGGGAAGGCUUGGGAGCCAGGAUGAGUGUUGGGCUCGCGUCUGUGCAGAGGGUCAGGUGUGACUGCUGCUGUUUACCUGGGCUCUGACCCAGUGUGGGGUUUGGGCAAUGCUUCUCUGCCCUUUCAUGGAAGUGGAGCCAGAAAUGGUGCCAAAGCCAUGGCUGCUGCCUUUCAUGCAGCAAGGUGCUGCCACUAUCCUGUCUUGGGAUAGGAAGGAGGGGUUUCUGGUGAGGCUGCCGAAGGAGGACAGGGUUCUUUUCCCUACAUGUUGGGUUGAAACUGCCAAAUAAAGUACUUCUGCCUGUGA